AUGGUGGGAUCACACCGUCCGCCCAAUGUGUCAACGAGAGGUUCGAUGCGCCCGCCGCCCCGACCAAAUGCUACCCAAUAUGCUUCGAUGACCGGUCGCGCUCCCUCUCCGGCGGAGUCGAAUAUAUCUAGCAGUACCACCAGCGCCGGAACAAAAAGAAAAGAGAGGGAAUUUGACCAAGAUCACGGUGAAGAGACAAAUAUCCAUGUGGUGGUUCGAUGUCGAGGCCGCAGCGAGCGAGAGGUACGAGAAAACAGCGGCGUUGUGGUGUCAACAAAUGGUGUCAAGGGCAAGAAUGUGGAACUCUCUAUGGGACCCAAUGCGAUUAGCAACAAGACCUACCAUUUUGACAAAGUCUUCUCCCCGGCGGCCGACCAGGGAAUCAUAUUUGAUGAUGUUGUGGCACCCAUAUUAAGCGAAAUGUUGACCGGCUACAAUUGUACCAUAUUUGCAUAUGGGCAAACAGGCACGGGGAAAACAUACACCAUGUCCGGUGAUAUGACGGACACACUAGGACUCCUCUCUGAUGCGGCGGGCAUUAUCCCCCGAGUCCUUUACUCACUCUUCCAAAAACUGGAGGCAGACGAAGUGGAAUGUUCGGUGAAAUGCUCAUUCAUCGAAUUGUACAAUGAGGAGCUACGGGAUCUGUUAUCCACAGACGACGGCGUCAAACUCAAAAUCUAUGAUGAUUCGAACAAGAAAAGUCAUUCGGCCACUUUGGUUCAAGGAAUGGAAGAGUCGCACAUCAAGUCGGCAGCGGCCGGGAUCAAACUCCUCCGGGAAGGUAGUUACAGGCGACAAGUUGCGGCGACAAAAUGCAACGAUCUCAGUUCACGAAGCCAUACCGUGUUUACCAUAACGACAUAUGUCAAGAAAGCGAAUGAAGCUGGUGAAGAUUACAUCUGCUCAGGAAAACUCAACCUGGUCGAUCUGGCGGGUAGCGAAAACAUCCAACGAAGUGGGGCCGAGAACAAAAGAGCAGCAGAAGCGGGACUGAUCAACAAGAGCUUGUUGACGCUGGGUCGAGUGAUCAAUGCUCUUGUGGACAAGAGUUCGCACAUUCCCUAUCGCGAAUCUAAGCUCACAAGGCUCUUGCAAGACUCAUUGGGUGGACGAACCAAGACCUGCAUUAUUGCAACGGUAUCUCCAGCCAAAAGCAAUCUGGAAGAAACGAUCUCGACCCUGGAUUAUGCAUUCCGUGCAAAGAACAUCCGGAACAAGCCUCAGGUCAAUUCAAUGAUCUCCAAGAAGACCUUGCUGAAAGAAUUCACAGCCGAAAUAGAAAAAUUGAAGAGUGAGUUGAUUGCCACACGACAACGCAACGGAGUGUAUCUCACAAAUGAGCAAUACGAAGAAAUUACGGUCGAGAGUGAGUCAAGAAGAAUACUGAGCGAGGAACAGAAGGCUAGAAUUGAAACGAUGGAAGUCAGCUUACGAAACAAAGUUCAAGAAUUGUUCAGUUUGACGAAUAAUUUUACCAUGCUGAAGAGAGACCAUGAGGCCACUCGGACGGCCCUGGACAGUACGAAGGAUGUCCUGGUCAAAACGGAGGCGGUGCUGGCGGAUACCCAGAACACUCUGACUGAAGAGACUGCUCUGCGUGAAGCACAUGAAGCUACCGAAGAGAAAUUAUUUGGCAUCGGCACAGAAUUGGUGUCGACUAUGGGCAAGUCUGUGAACGAUAUCAAUGGUCUGCAUGCAAAACUGAGACGUCGCUCUGACCUCCAUGCUCAAAAUCGUGAAUGCUGGAAGACUUCCGUCCAUCGAGUAUCAGAAGUCUCUGAUCUCAUUGAUGCUCGCAUUGAAAGUUUCCAAGCGGUCCAUUCAGAAUUGAUUGCAGCAAGCUCAACGCGAAUCGAGACAUUUCUCGCGGCCGAAAAUUCGCGUCUCGAAAAUUCAGCCCAGCUGGUUCUCUCAAAGGCGUCUGAAUUGGCCGAGAAUGUCUCUGCCGUCGAGCAUCAGUCUUCUGAGGCCAGAGAUGCCGUGAACGACGUCCUCGACGAGAUCAAAGGUCUUCGGGACGAUGUCGAGGACAAAGUCAGCGAGGGUCUUCAGGGUCUCUCUCAAGCGGCCGCGAAGAUUUCUGCGGAAGUGAUCUCAGAAUUGGAACAAUUUCACACACAACUGCAUUCAUCAUACAGUGUCCUCGGAAAGGAUUUCAAAGCAAUGUUGGAUGAUCUUACCCAGCGGCUCACAGCACAACGAGAGGAAUCCGAUGAUUUGAGACAGGCGCUGUUGGAAGCACAUCAUGCGAAUAUCGAGGCAACGUUAGCAGCUUCCAUUCAGCUUCAAACUAUCCGAGAAGAAGAAAAAAGAGCUGCGGAAGAGGAGAAAGAAAAGUUGAAAGCGCAAAUUUCCCGGCUGAUUGAUUCGUCUUCGAAUCAGCAACAGGAGAGACUCUCCAACAGGUUGAUUAGCACUCAGUCACACAUUGUUGAGGCUACAGAGCAGUUCGAAACCGCCGACAAAACUUAUCGUGAUGGCAUGGACAAAUGGAUGGCUCAAGAGAGCGAGUUAAUGACGAAGGUGGUACAUUCAAAGGAUGAUCUGAAAGGGAAAAUGAAGGGAGACUGGACCGCAAUUAACGCACGAAACACCGCGAUCCAGAAAUCUACCAAAGCCGUCCAUGAGGAAACUACCAAGAUCGUCGAUGCACAGCUUAGGCAGAUGGCCACCCAGAUGGCGGCCUUGGACGAAUUUGUCACGAGAGCAAGAGCGCACAACGAUACUCAUCACGAUGAACGAGUGCACAGUCUGCACAAGGUCAGCUCUCAAGUUCAAGAUGGAUUUACCGAACUCGUGAAAAAAUCGGAAGAGUUCAGGGUGUCACUCGAAAACUUUGGGACCGAACAGAAGGCAGGAAUCACAGAGGUCGAGGGUUUGGCGAGCUCCUUGAACGAGGACACUUGCGCGCCUCUUCAAGAAUUGAAAGCAGAACUGUCAAAUGCCUCCUUGGCUGAGUACACACCAACCGGAGAGACUCCUCAAAAGAAGGAAUGGAAUUAUCCUUCUGAGCUGUCGCGGACGGAGGAUCAUGGGUCUAUUAUCGCCAGGCUUAGGGGCUUACCCGAUCCUGCCAUGGUGGCCCAAAUGCCUUCGACGAGCAGCGCAUCUACUCGAUCACCGCGCAAGCAGGCAUCUCAUCGAAAAGAACCUGCUUCACCGUCGAAGGUCUCAAGUCCAAGUAAGACCAAGGUCUUCACCGAUGCCGAAGUACCGAACAACCAACCACCUAUCACCACUCAGACGACUACAACCACGAUCCCACUUGACGAAGUUAAAGCCAGCUUGAAAGAAAUCGACAUCAAUGUCAUCAACAGACCGGCUUCCCACUCAGCGAGUUCUACAAGCGGUCGACCUGUUCUCUUGGACUUCAGUAAGAGCGUCGGCAGUGCUAGCGGGCCGCCGCCGUUAAAGAGACACGCUACCGCUAAUGCGGUGGUGGAGAGCAAGUUGCCCGGAAAGCAAGGUCGGACGAAGAAUCAUGUCACAGGUUUGGGGACGGGCGUUGGAGUGGAGAAUUUCUCCCAGAGCGUGGGUCCGAUGGGAGGAGGUAGGAGACCAAGAAGCAGUCCGCCGGAAUAG